CAGAUACAGUAUGUAUUGUGCAAUUGUCUAUGCAUGAUUCAGAGGUAGCAAAAGGAAGCCAUCAGGAAUUAUGACCUUUUCCUCCCAUCACUUAAAUCAGGUAUGGCCAAUAGGAAAUCACAGGAAGAGCUAUAAGGUCUAGGACCUUAAACUGAGAAAAGGAGAAUUCUAGUUCACAUUUGUCCUCAAUGGCUUCUAACUCUACCUGUCAGUGGUAUUAUAAGCAGCACAGCCUCAUUAUCCAUGAUAAUUCAGAAAUCUAUACCUUCCAGUAUGCUAUGUGAAGUAGCACAGAUGAUGAGAGUCAUUCAUAGAACCUCAGCAAUUAUGUUUUCAUGGUUAAAUUGAUUUAUAAUAUAGAAUUUCACUUCCAGAGAACCAGUUGGGUUCUUCCUUCCAGAAGACAUAGACUUCAGUAAAUACAUGCCUGAAGAAAAGCCUUAAAUGAAGGCAUCAUUCUGCCUGUCAAUCAAGAAGGCAUAACCGACAGCAUUAAAUAGAAAGAUGCAAAACUCCAUUGAUAGAAGAUAGUACAGGAGGGCAUGGUUAUUUUCACAUCAAUGUCACCCAAGAGAUUUCAUCAUAUUAUUGCAAGCUCUGCAUGACUUAAAAGAAAUGUCUUUUAUGGUCAGUGUGUUUUACCUGUACCAAUAGAAGAACUGAAAGCCACUUGUGAGUUAUAUUUUGAAGAAAAGUUGACCAUCCAUUCUCAGUUUCUCCUCCUUGAGAGAAGUCAUUUCAGUGCUGGUACAUUUCUAUCAGAAGAGGCAUGAUCUCUUGACUUCAGAAGGCUGGGGAGAUUUUUCAUGAGAGGUCUCCAGUUUUGAACUUGGGACUUAAGAGAAGAAGGCAAAAUAUAUAUUUUCUAAUUACACCAAUCUGAAGUGGUUUGUUACUUUGUUUGAUUUAUCUCCACCAGCAAAUUCGCAAUGAGAACUAGGACUCAGAACAGCACAACACAAGUGACAGAAUUCAUCUUAAUUGGCUUCCAACUACCUAGGCCCAUGGAAUUCUUCCUUUUUUCAUUGCUUCUGGUUGUGUUUUUCUUCACCUUAGCUGGAAACCUCAUGAUUAUCACUCUGGUAUGCAUAGACCAACACUUGAAAACCCCCAUGUAUUUCUUCCUUUUCAACCUCUCCUUUUUGGAGAUAUUUUUUGUUCUGACAAUCACACCAAAGAUGAUGAUGGAUUUAGUUUCUCAGAACAAAUCUAUCUCUUUCUUGGGCUGCAUCAGUCAAUGCUAUUCUUAUUUCUUCUUUGGUACCUGUGAAAUCAUCCUGAUUGCCGUAAUGGCCUUUGACUGCUACAUUGCUAUCUGUCAUCCGUUGCGCUACACGAUCAUCAUGAAUGGACGGGUUUGUGUGAAUUUGAUAUUGGUGUGCUGGAUUGGUGCUUUCAUGAAUAAUUUUGGCCCCAUUGUUCUCCUGAGCCAACUGUCCUUCUGCAGCUCUAACGUUAUUGAUCAUUUCUUCUGUGACUAUGCUCCACUGAUAAAGCUUUCUUGCAAUGAUGUAGAUACUCUCCUGACUCUGGAAUCUACCCUCUCUCCUCUGGUGUUACUCAGCUCUUUGUGUGUAACUGUCGUCUCUUAUCUCUACAUAAUUGUGACUGUCUUGAGCAUGCAGAUCAGUGGCAGCCGUGGGAAGACUUUUUCAACCUGUGCCUCUCAUCUAACUGUCGCUUCCAUCUUCUACGGCAGUGCCAUCUUCAUGUACUCUUUGCCCAGCAAGGGUCAUUCUCGGGAUGCCCAGAAAGCUGUGGCAGUUCUAACUGCUGUGGUCACCCCAUUACUGAACCCUUUUAUUUACACUUUGAGGAAUGAGAAGGUCAAAGAUGCUUUGCGAGACUGUUUACAAAGGCACAAACGUAUUUUGUGAGAAGAAACCAUUGGAAACACUUAGCCAACCUUGGCUGAUCUCAAACAAAUCAACAUAGAGUUGGAGUUUGUUGAUACAUGGAUAAGAGAACUAUCACCUACUGCUGUAGUCUAGAUUGGGAUCUCAAAAAUACAUUCCAGAAGAGCACAGUGAAAAAAGGGCUUCUGUGCUGCUACUAGAAGAAUAGCAUGGGUAUGGCCACAGUUACAUCAGAGUUAAAUUUUGUGAAAGGUGGUUUUUAUAUUAUGAUGGAUUGUUCAGGACUUGGAAACAAUCUGUGUACAUUUUGAUGCUUUGAAAUUGUUGCAUUUCUAUUUCUGGUUGUAAUCAUGAUCUUGAAUGAAGACUAGCACUGAAAUUCU